AUAAACUACUGCUGCAGUACUUAACGAACGUUUAACGAGAGCAGAAGUGUUUAAUUGAAAAAAAAAAUAUUAAAAAAAAAUACGUUUAAAUAUUCUCCUAAGCAGGUUUUUGGACUUUGCAAGACUUAAAGACUUUUGAAAUUUUUAACGGUUUUUUUUGGAGUAAUAGGAUAUUGAACAUCAUGCAUUCAGAGCUCCCAGUUUUUAAAAGAUGCUGCUGUUGUUUUCCACUUCGUUAUGGUUUGCUAGUAUGGGGAUACAUCAAAUUGGCAAUUGCUGCCCUCUUAAUAGUGUCGAUUGCAAUGGUAAUUAGGUCCUUAACGAUGGCAUAUCAUGUUUACGGACUACAUGAAAGAGUGUUCACAUUCAGACUGACUGUGUUUAUCAUUUUCUUGUUCCUGGUCACGUUGGAUUUCGCGUUAAGCACCGUUUUCAUCGUUGGAGGACAUAAGAAAAAUCUGAAACUGCUAACUGUGUACUAUUACUACAGUAUCGGUGUAUGGAUCCUGAGCAUUUUGUUCUCAUUAUUCAUAAUCAGUACUUACUUCAUCUACAGAGGGCCAUACCGAAGUACAUCGUUUUAUGCGGUGGCAGACAAUAUCUUGGAGUGUUCGAGUCAUUUUGUUAGUAUGGUAUCACAAGGCUACUUCUUACUUCUACUUAGGAGUGAAAUGCUGAAGCUAAAAAGCAAUUGCGAAUUCAGAUUCGUCAACAAUGCAGCUCAGUCUGAAUGCAAGAUGAAUUGCAGUAAAGGAAAAGAUACUUUGGGCGAGAAUAACGGUGUGGGAUGCACAGCAGAGUGCCACAGAGUCAUCAGCGACGUAUAAUUUAAAAAAAGUUUAUUAUAUCUUUUGAUUAAGGAAAAUUCUCCGGUACAGGGGGUCUAUUAUCAACUAAUUAAGCGUGUGUUUAGCAUUUCGA